AUGAGUACUGUUGAUAAGAUGUUGAUCAAGGGAAUCCGGAGUUUCGACCCGGAGAACAAGAACGUCAUCACCUUCUUCAAGCCCUUAACCCUAAUCGUUGGUCCCAACGGUGCUGGCAAGACCACCAUCAUUGAGUGCUUGAAGCUUUCCUGCACCGGCGAGUUGCCUCCCAACGCCAGGUCUGGUCACAGCUUCAUUCACGACCCCAAGGUGGCGGGGGAAACCGAAACGAAGGGACAGAUAAAGCUCCGAUUCAAGACGGCCGCCGGUAAAGAUGUCGUCUGUGUGAGGUCCUUUCAGCUUACGCAGAAGGCAUCCAAAAUGGAAUACAAGGCUAUCGAGAGUGUGCUUCAAACCAUCAAUCCUCACACGGGAGAGAAAGUUUGCCUCAGCUAUCGAUGCGCUGACAUGGAUCGAGAGAUUCCUGCCCUCAUGGGUGUUUCCAAGGCCAUUCUCGAAAAUGUUAUAUUCGUUCACCAGGACGAAGCUAACUGGCCCCUACAGGAUCCUUCCACCUUAAAGAAGAAGUUUGACGAUAUAUUUUCCGCAACUCGAUACACCAAGGCGUUGGAAGUUAUAAAGAAACUUCAUAAGGAGCAGGCUCAAGAGAUAAAGACUUACAAGCUCAAACUCGAACAUCUUCAAACUCUCAAAGAUGCUGCUUAUAAGCUACGGGAAAGCAUUGCACAGGAUCAAGAGAAAACAGAGUCAGUGAAAGGUCAAGUACAGCAGUUGGAAGAGAGCAUUAAACAAUUGGAGGAUAAAAUUCAUCAUGCAGAGGAAACAUUGAAGGAUUUGCGGAAGCUGCAAGAGCAGAUAUCAACUAAAACUGCUCAACGAAGCACCCUGCUUAAGGAACAAGAGAAACAACAUGCAGCUCUUGUGGAGGAGAAUGUAGAUUCUGAUGAAUUAUUGAUGGAAUGGAAGACCAAGUUUGAAGAAAGGAUUGCAAUUUUAGAAGCGAAAAUAAGAAAGUUGGAAAGAGAAAUGACCGACCUUGCUGAGAAAGGUACCGCCCUCAUGAAUAUCAUUGGUCAAUCCAACAAAGAGAUUGCCAAACUACAAGCUGAAGCAGAAGCCCACAUGUCUUUGAAGAAUGACCGUGAUUCCUCCAUUCACAGUCUUUUUGCCACAUAUAGUUUGGGACCACUUCCAAUGUCGCCUUUCAGUGUCGAGGUUGCUUUAAAUCUCACUAGUCGUGUAAAAUCCAGGUUGGCAGAUCUCGAGAAGGAUCUGGAUGAUAAAAAGAAAGUAAAUGACAACGAGCUUGAGAUGGCAUGGGAUCGCUACAUGAAUGCUAAUGACUGUUGGAAAGAUACUGAGGCUAAAAUAAAGGCUAUGCAAGGGAUCAAGGGUGGCAUUUUGAAGCGCAUCGAAGAGAAGAAAAAUGAGCUCGAUUCAUUUGAACUUCAAAUGACGAAUCUGAAUUUCUCUCACAUAGACGAAAGAGAAAAAAAUUUGAGAAAUGAGAUUGAGAGGAAGGAAAGCCAACUCUCUCAAAGACAAUUUGAACCAAAUAUACGUCAAGUGCAAAAUGAGAUAUAUAGUAUAGAUCAAAAGAUUAGAGCUGUCAAUCGUGAGAAGGAUAUCAUGGCUUCUGAUUCAGAGGACAGAGUUAUGCUAUCUCACAAGAAAGCAGAGUUGGAAAAUCGGAAGAAGAAACAUAAAAAGAUGUAG